AUGGCGCUCGCGAGUCCCGCGCUCUCGAAUCCCGCGAGCGUCGGGCUACUGGAGGCGACAACGUCGAGCGCGUGCAGCUAUGUCGGUCUCGCCUCGACGCUCUUGCCGUUCUUUACAAACCUCACCAAGUGCAGCUCUGCGACCAACUUUACGCUGACACCGCCGACGGCGUGGCCGACCGCGGCGCAGAUGCCACUGCUGUGCUCGGACCCGGCAUGCACUGCGACGUUGAGCAGCCUUGAGACGGCCGCGCUCCCCAAUUGCACACUCGCGAUCCAAGGAACGACGAUCACGAUGCCUGCGUUUGUUCGCAGCCUCGCGGCGUCGUGCUUCCCGUCGGCGUCGCCCAACAUGAGCGCCGGCAACGCUCCCAGUACGCUCCCAGAUGCCGCCACGAGUGCCACUCUCCAAUGA